UCUUGUUCAAAGCUAGAGAUACCUAGACAACUAUAUAAACUGACUUUCUUCAGAUAUGCAAGCAUAGAUAGCUGACAAAGUCCACUUAAAAUACGAUAUGGCGACAUCAAAGAAAGAAGAUAGUAUGGAGGAGAAAGAAGUAGUGAGUCUGAAAAAGAAAGGAGUUAAUCUCGGAAAGAAACUUAAGAAAAUGAAUAUAAGCCAAACGCAAAGCGGAAUGUUGAUCACAGAUCAAAGCGGCAGUCGCCUGGGAAUUGAUGCUGAAGAUAAACUUAGUGGUCAUCAGAUAAGCGAAACCGAAGAGCCUAGCAAAGGAAGUUCUGAAAGGGACUUGCAAAGACAGAUGAACAUGGCGUUCCUUAGAGAUCUUGAUAACGACAUUGCUGGUUCCUACUUGGAACAAGUUAGUAUUGACGAAGCGGAUGAUAUGUUUAAAUCUCUUGAUUGUGAAACAGAAGGGGAUAUAGAAUUUGAACAAACCACACAUUCUGAUGAUAAAAGACGACUUUAUUUUGGGAGAGCCUCUUAUAGAAAUGUAUAUGGCAAUCCUAAAAGGCAGGAGGAUAAAAAUUGGAUAACCUGGGAAACAUUCUCGGCAAUAUCCGGUAUGGAAGUAUCCGAGUUAGUUCGUCGAGCUGAAGUUUCCGAUCUUGUGUUAGAUGACAGAGGUCUAGCAAGAAUACGGAAAAGGUUCACAGCAAUGCCAAAGAUGUACAAACGACAGUUCUAUAGGUGCGAAGAUCGCUAUAUUAUACCAGAACAAAUACCAAACUGGAGUGAUCAGUGCAAGAAAUCAAAUUUACAAACCAGUGACCUUGGCGAUGAUUCAUUAAACCAGAAGGUAGCCUUAAUGCAUGGUGAUAUCACUACACUUGAAGUAGACGUUGUUGUUAAUUAUAUUUCAUCCUACGUGACGGAUACACACGAUGGAGUUUCAAAAGCCAUAGUGAAUGCAGCAAGUUCUCUCUUGCUUUAUGAACUGGAAUCCAUAUGGUUAAUUUAUAGUGGGAAUGUCGAGGCAACAGCAGGAUAUUUGCUUCCAGCCAAAUAUAUAUUUCAUACAUCGGGACCAAUCAAAUACGAUGACCUUUAUGUUGAUAAGUGUUUACACAGUUGUUACAUAAAUUCUCUGGACAAAAUGAUUCAGAUGGGACUCCGGACUUUGGCGUUUCCGUGCAUAGCAACUGGUGCUAAAC